GCUAAAUGCAAGGCUGGUGCCCAAACGAGAAAGUCUUUUCUUCGAUCCUGCUAAAAUCCGGUGGUUUGUUUGUAAAAGCCGUUGGGAGUGAAGCUACCGGCUACAGCUACAGAUAUUGGAGAGGACAGAUCUGCUUAUCAGAGCUGCUGGCGAUAACGCGCGACCUUUCUGGAGUGCAGGCUGAUUUAAGGACCGCGCGAGCGACCGGAAAAUGAACCAUGGCAACCGCAUCUCUCGGGAAAGAGCUCGAGCGCACUUUUCAUCAUUUGCGUUCAUUUGCCCUUUUUGGAGAAUAUUUAAUCGGGUAGUUUUAUGUGGUUUACAGCAUUUUCUCAGUUAUUGAGCUGUUUUUGUAAGUGAUUGUUUGUAGUGCAUCUGACGCGGGAUAUGGAUAUUUGGACUUGGUUGCGUUAAGUGAUCCGCUGCCUGCCUGUCCAUCAUAAUGGAUCAAGAUGAUAACCAAGAAACAUAUGAACCCCCUCUGCAUGCCCUUUACGGGCCUAACCGGAUCCGGCCGUCGUCGUACCGGGCUCUGCGAAGUGCCGUGUCCAGCCUGGCACGAAUUGACGAUUUUUUCUGUGAAAAAAUCGGUUCCGGGUUCUUCUCAGAAGUCUUUAAGGUGCAGCACAGGAUCACAGGGCAGGUGAUGGCUCUGAAGAUGAACACACUGGCCAGCAACAAAGCCAACAUGCUGAGAGAGGUGCAACUCAUGAACCGCCUUUGCCACCCCAACAUCCUCAGGUUUUUGGGGGUGUGUGUUCAUGAAGGACAGCUUCAUGCUCUUACAGAGUACAUAAAUGGGGGCAACCUGGAGCAGCUGCUGGACAGUGACAUAUAUCUGUCAUGGAGCGUGAGAAUAGGUCUGUCUCUGGACAUUGCAAGAGGGCUGCAGUAUCUACACAGCAAGGGCAUUUUCCACCGAGAUCUUACAUCAAAGAACUGUCUGGUCCGUUGUGACAAUGCUGCUUUUACCGCUGUGGUGGGGGACUUUGGGCUGGCAGAGAAAAUCCCUGAUUACAGUGAUGGUGUUGAAAAGCAGCCUUUGGCUGUUGUGGGCUCCCCCUACUGGAUGGCUCCAGAAAUGUUAAGAGGAGAGCUGUACAAUGAGAAGGUGGAUGUUUUUGCAUAUGGAAUAAUCCUUUGUGAGAUUAUUGCUCGAAUUGAGGCUGACCCAGAUAUCCUCCCACGAACAGAGGAUUUUGGACUGGAUGUGGACGCCUUUGAGCAAAUGGUGGAAGACUGUCCACCUUCAUUCCUUCGUCUGGCAGUAAAUUGCUGCAAUAUGAGUGCAGAUAGUCGUCCUGCCUUUUCUGAAAUAGUAGUGACACUUGAGAGGCUAGAGAGAGAGAGGAAGAUGAGUGAAGCUCCAGUCAUCCUAGAACCCAUUGCUAUUGUCAGUCCAUAUAGGAGGAGAAGCUCGCCAUGCCAUCCUGGUGACCAGCGCCUGUCCCGUAGUCAAUCAGACGUAUUGCCCCCUGCCACUUCACCGUGUUUAGGCACGCCUGCACGGGUCAACCCAUUCUCUCUUCGCCAAGACCUCAACGGUGGUCGAAUCAAGCUGUUCGACACCCCUAGCAAAUCUGUCAUCUCUCUUACCUUUACCCUUCCACCACCUCCAGACCCCUGUGCCUCCCCACCACUAAACGGGAGCCCGGGGCUCCGAGGUCCCCCUCGAAGGUGUCACUCCCUGCCGUGCACCCCCGAGCUGGGACGACAGCUACCCUUCCGGGACCAAGAGGAGGAGAGGACUGAAGAACUGAGAGAUGGAAUGAAAGAGAACGAGGCAGAAGGACGGCAAGACGCGGUGGAGGACUCAGGUCUGGUUCUGGACUUAGAUAUGGUGUCUUUAGAACGGGUAGAAGAGGAAGAGGAGGAUGAAGAGGUGGAGAAGGAGGGACUGAGCCUCACAGAGCCCAUGGACUGUAGCAGCUCGCCCGACACGGCAGAAGGAAACGUGUCAGGGAAGCGGCUUAUCAGCGGUUCUUCUUAUUCCUCGUCCUUGCAGUCCAAUGGUUGGGCUACACCCAUUUCUAAUGGACCACCGUUAUUACCUCCCCUUCCCCGUUUGGACAAUAACAAUGGACUGCUGAGGCCUGGGCGGCUGAUGGCAUGGGCAAGACUGAACGGUUACCGAGGCCCCGCUCCGGAGCCUUUACCGCCCACUAAUGAACAAGACGAUGUGAUUUCUUGUCCAGCCUGCUGUCUGGCUGGGUUCAGCUUCCCUUCUGUGUGCCUGCGUGGAGCUCCUCCCUCGCGCCGUGGACCUCCGCGACGACCGUACAGGAACUUCAACGGAGGGGAAGCAUCCGCAGCCACAGCAAAGGGACUGCUCUGUCGGGGAGCAACGGGUCUGGCUCCAUCCACAGCUACUUGUGAGCCAGGGUUACCCCUACCGGAGGCCCAAACCUAAAGAUGACCACUGCCACAUCUCAGAAACUGCAAUGCCACACAGUCAGGCCACAAGUCUGAUGUCAGAAUGGUUAUCUGAGGGGAUGCAGUGCGGGUUGAAACAUUGAAUUAAAGGGAUAGUUCAACCAAAAAUGAAAAUUCUGUCAUUUGCUCACCCUGAUGUUGUUCC